AUGACUUACCUCACCGACUCACCACCUCUGCCCCCUCUUGCUACUCUCUUUCCUUACAUACGGUCUGAUGCCAGCAGUCUCCCACGCUCUGCAGACCCUUUCACGGUUACGACCAGCACCGGCUUCCUCCCUUGCCGUUCACCCUUGCUUCGUCUGCCGGAGCAGUUCAAUGCGCUAUCAGACAUUCUUAACGACAUGCCAAUCGUCAAAGCUGACAAGUCGCCUGGCCUGCUCGCUACGUUCAAGCUCGGCCCUCUUAUCGACUCCGGUGCUUUGCCAGACUUGACUUCUUGCGUGGAUGACCUGCGGACCGACACUGGUGAUCUCGACCUGGAAGCCAUCACGGCCGUGUUCAGGGACUAUAGCUUUUUGGCCAGUGCGUAUCUGCUGGAGCCCUGUUGGGAGACGUGGUCGAAGGACCAUGAAGCUGGCUAUGGUUUGGGCAGAGCUGUCCUGCCAAAGUGCAUAGCGUCGCCGCUAGUGAAGGCCGCGGACAUCCUCGAUAUUCCGCCGUUCAUGUCCUACGCUGCGUCAUAUGCACUAUACAACUACUCUCUCGUCAAUCCCAACAUCGGCGCAGGCGUAUACGACAACCUCCGCCUCAUCCGCGCGUUUGAACGUGGUCUUGAUCCGUCGAGCUCAGAAGCCGGCUUCAUUCUGACCCACAUCCACAUGGUCCAGGAAACCGGACCCUUGAUUUCGGGCGCGGUCGACCUGCUCUCGACCAUAGAAAAUUCUCCCGGUGAUGUAUCUUCCGCAAUCUCGGCGUUCCAGACCAUGCUCUCCGCCAUGAGCCGCAUCGAAUCCCACAUGGAACAAAUGUGGACUCACUCCCUCCCCAAGGACUAUCUCUCCUACCGCACGUUCAUCUUUGGCAUCACCUCACAAUCCAUGUUUCCCAACGGGGUGAUCUACCAAGGCACCCGCUACGGCGAUUCCAAGCCGCUGUACUUCCGCGGCGAAUCCGGCGCCAACGACAGCAUCAUUCCCCUAUUGGAUCAUCUGAUGGAGAUUCCCAUGCCGAGCAACCCGCUCACGGAGAUUCUGAGGGACUUUAGGAGCUACCGGCCAAAGACUCACCGGGAGUUUCUGGCGUGGGUCAUGAGUAAAAGCGCAGAGGUCGGCGUGAGGCAGUACUGUACUCAUCACGCUUCUUCAUUGCAGGGUGUGGAAGCCGGCCGCUCUGCUGGCGAGGACGAGGCCAACAGGGCCUUGCUGCUGCCGACACUCUACCUCAAAUUGCUUGACCACGUGCGCAGUUUCCGCUGGCGUCACUGGCUGUUUGCGAGGGAAUACAUCAUCAAGCGCUCCUCGCACCCGACAGCCACGGGCGGGUCGCCCAUCGUGACGUGGUUGCCGAACCAGCUAUUUGCGGUCAUGGAUUUGAUGGAGGACGUGUACGGCGAGAGCGGUUUGAAAAAGGCAGUGGAACAGGGAACGGGAGAAACGGCCGAGACAAGGGCGGUCAGGGAGAUGAUGCAGAACGUGUCGAACCAGAGGGACAAGCUGGACAAGGAGGUUAAGAAGUAUUGUGCGGAACGGGGUGCGUGA